AUGGCUCCAUUCAGUUUCAAUAUUUUUAAAGUUUCCUCCAAAUAAUGGUUAUUUGUCAAAUUUCUACCAAAUUUUCGGGAAAAAAAAAUGGAUAGUAAAAUGCACGAAAUCAUGUGAGGAAGUUCAGUAAACUCUCCUCGAACCACUGGUUCCAUAAUUAUGGAAUGCUAAGGAGCAUCUCUUGAUAGACCAAUAGACUAUCAAAAAAGAAGAUAGGUGGUAGCCACCCAGAGAUCAGAAACCAGAGAGUGAAAGGUCUAAAAUCAAAUCAGCAUAAACACAUCCAUUUAUGGGGUCUUAAUUCUCUCUGGCAAUUUGGGGCUCACCCUCUCCAUGUUUGUAAGCUGUAACAAGAAAAGAUUCAGGGAGAGGCAGGGUGGCGCGUGUUCAAGCCCCCCAGUCAGACCAACUUACAAUCUCAGACUCGGUACCCCACCCACGUCCCUCUCAGUUUCUGCACACACACUCACAAAGACGCAUCCCUCGCUUCUAGACAACUCAUAUCACACACCUGAUUCGCCUCUCUCUCUCUCUCUCUCUCUCUCUCAAUCACACGAAAAAAGCAUACUUGUUCUCCCUUUUGUAUAUAUUUUGUAAACAAUGUAGCUUCUUUUGUCUCUCGUCUUUUGUAAAGCAAAGGUUGGUGACUGAAAAAGAAACGCUGUGGAAAGACUCAAGAAAGAGAAGGCGAGACAGAGAGAGAGUGUUUAACAUUUUCGUGGUCUGAGUGGAACAUGUUCAUCACCACCAUCCUAUGACCAUGGCUUCAAAUCUCUUUGACCUUCUUCUUCCUCUUCUUCUUCUUCUUCUUCUCUCUUCUGCUACACUCUGUUUAUCCUAUGAGCCUCGCAAUCAUGAAGUGGAAGCGUUGAUAAACAUAAGAACAGGCCUGAAUGAUCCACAUGGAGUAUUGAACAACUGGGACGAAGACUCUGUGGAUCCUUGUAGUUGGGCCAUGAUUACCUGCUCUCCUGAAAACCUUGUCAUAGGCCUGGGAGCGCCAAGCCAAUCUCUAUCUGGCACUUUAUCUGGAGCCAUUGCAAAUCUCACAAAUCUUAGACAAGUAUUGCUGCAAAACAACAAUAUCUCUGGACAAAUCCCACCGGAGCUCGGCAUGCUUCCAAAACUUCAGACGUUGGAUCUCUCUAACAACCGAUUAUCGAGUGUCGUCCCCGAGUCUCUGGGCCAGUUGAAUACUCUCCAAUAUCUGAGGCUGAACAACAAUAGCUUGUCUGGGCCUUUUCCCGUGUCUUUAGCUAAGAUCUCUCAGCUUACUUUCUUGGACUUGUCUUAUAACAAUCUGAGUGGACCAGUGCCCAAAUUUCCAGCCAGGUCCUUCAAUGUUGUGGGAAACCCAUUGAUUUGUGGAAGCAGUUCCACUGAGAGUUGCGCUGGAUCAGUCACUCUUGUCCCCCCUUCCUUCUCUCUGAAAUCAUCAUCUGAAAAACACAAGUCCAGGAAACUAGCAAUUGCACUUGGAGUCACUUUCAGUUCUAUCUUUCUCAUAUGCUUGGCACUUGGACUAUGGUGCAGAAAGAGACAGAAAAAGCAAACCAUCCUACACAUCAAUGACAACCAAGAAGAGGGACUGAUGCGCUUGGGCAACCUAAGAAAGUUCAAUUUCAAGGAGCUUCAAUCAGCAACUGACAAUUUUAGCUCUAAGAACAUCCUUGGCGCUGGAGGUUUUGGGAAUGUAUAUAAGGGAAAGCUAGGAGAUGGAAUCAUGGUGGCAGUGAAGCGGCUGAAAGACGUGACUGGAACCACCGGGGAAUCACAGUUUCGAACAGAACUGGAGAUGAUCAGCUUGGCAGUUCACCGGAACCUGCUUCGACUCACUGGAUAUUGUGCAACUCCUAAUGAGAGGCUCCUGGUGUAUCCUUACAUGGCUAAUGGAAGUGUGGCCUCCAGGCUUAGAGGAAAGCCAGUACUUGAUUGGAACACAAGAAAGAGGAUAGCGAUUGGAGCUGCUAGGGGCCUUCUUUAUCUACAUGAGCAAUGCGAUCCAAAGAUAAUUCACAGAGAUGUAAAGGCUGCUAAUGUUCUCCUUGAUGAUUACUAUGAGGCAGUGGUUGGUGAUUUUGGCCUUGCAAAGCUCCUUGACCAUGAAGACUCCCAUGUUACCACUGCUGUCCGUGGCACUGUUGGGCAUAUUGCACCGGAAUAUCUCUCAACCGGCCAGUCAUCUGAGAAAACGGAUGUAUUUGGAUUUGGCAUUCUCUUGUUAGAGCUAAUAACUGGAAUGCGAGCUCUUGACUUCGGCAAAACGGUUAAUCAGAAAGGAGCCAUGCUUGAGUGGGUGAAAAAAGUUCAGCAGGAGAAGAAUGUGGAAGUCUUGGUGGACAGAGAGCUUGGGAGCAACUACGAUCGGAUAGAGGUAGGGGAGAUGCUGCAGGUAGCUUUGCUAUGCACUCAAUACUUGCCAGCCCACCGCCCCAAGAUGUCGGAAGUGGUCCGGAUGCUCGAAGGUGAUGGCUUAGCCGAGAAGUGGGCAGCCUCACAUAAUAAUACCAAUCCCAGUAUGAACCACUCUCACACUAAUGCUAACAAAAGUAUGUCGUCCCGCCCUACCACUGCAUCAAAACAUGAUGAUGAUGGAAAUGAUCGAUCAAGCUUGUUUGGCACAACCAUGGAUGAGGAUGAUGAUGAACAUUCUUUGGAUUCCUUUGCCAUGGAACUCUCUGGCCCAAGAUAGAAAAGAAAGUAAAAAGAAGAAAACAGAUUUGGAAAAAAAAAAAAAAAAAUUCUUUGCCUUAGUUCCACAAGUCAAGAUAUCUUUGUUUCGGUUUACUGUUUCAUAAACUUUGUCCUAACUGCAAUUUCUGGGCUCUCUGAGUCUGAGCUUGCAAUGUAAAAAGUAUUUGCUUUUCUUUUGUUUUAGGUCUAUUUGGUACAGUAUAUACAGUGUGGAUGUAUAGGGAAACAGGAGUAUGACUACGUGAGAGUCCAUCAUCAUAAGAUGCUCUGCUCCCAAAGUCUUUUAACAGGUUGAUUUUGACGGUUUUGACUGAAAGUUGGUAUAUCAGGUUUUCACUGUUUUCCCUUA